AUGUCCACUCAAGCCUACACCACCCAAACCGCCGCCGACCCGACCGCCAUCGACGCCUCGGCGCGCACCGUCCACUACAAGUGCGGCGACUGCGACCAGGACGUGCCGCUGAAGCGCGGCGAGCCCAUCCGGUGCCGGAACUGUGGACAUCGCGUGUUGUACAAGCAGAGGACGAAUCGGUGA